UAUAAUCAACGAGUCCGUUUCCUGCGCUGCGCGCGUGCAGAGUGGAUGUGUUGUGAGGAAGCACGCUGCUCUGUCCGCUGCCUGACGUCACCCCGGCGCGCGCUUCCAUAGACGCGAGCGCGAGAGUACAGUGACAGCGCCUCGUCCACUGUACGCAACACUGAGCGCGGCUCAGAGCAGAUCAUGGAAUGUGACUAGGCAACAUCCCGCUUUAUUUGAGGCCGGUCGUCCGCCCAGCACUCACGGGGUGCAGUACUUUAAACCCACCUUUCCCAUUAUUUUAAUCAAGUGAUCACUGCCCUCCUGUGAUUCGGGGAUAACGUUGGAAGCUUUAUCAUUUGUAUUAAUUAAUCCUCGAGUUUCUAUCCCACUCUAACGGUUCGACUCUGACUUCAAGCUGAGGCUCAAUAACUGGAUUUGGAACAAAAGGCGACUGCUGCCGUCUGGAUAUUACAUUUUACUCUUGGAUUAUUGUCUCAGCAUCAUGAGCACGAGUGUACCCUAUCAGCAAAGCUCAUGCAGCAGUGAACGGAGCUCCGGACCAAUCCACUGCUUUCGCUGCCGGGAGGUGUGCAAAGGAGAGGUGGUACGAGUGCAGCAUGUGCACUUCCACAUCAAAUGCUUCACCUGCCAAGUGUGUGGCUGUGAUUUGGCACAUUCUGGAUUCUUCCAGAAGAGUGGUGAGUACAUCUGCACAGCAGACUACCAGCGCCUGUACGGCACAAAGUGUGACAGCUGUGGGGACUUUAUCUCAGGGGAGGUGGUCUCUGCUCUGGGCCGCACAUAUCAUCCACAGUGUUUCGUCUGCAGCGUGUGCAGGAAACCUUUUCCAAUUGGGGACAGAGUGACGUUCAGUGGUAAAGAAUGUGUCUGUCAGCACUGUUCCAUCAAGCUGGUUAAUUCCAAUGAGCCAAUCAAAAUCCAUGGGCCCAGCCACUGUGCAGGUUGUAAGGAGGAGAUCAAACAGGGUCAAUCUCUGCUGGCAUUAGAGAAACAGUGGCACGUCAGCUGCUUCAGGUGUCAGACCUGCGGCCUGGUCCUGACGGGAGAGUACAUCAGCAAAGACGGCAUUCCUUACUGUGAGUCAGACUACCACACCCAGUUUGGGAUAAAGUGUGAAACAUGUGACAGAUACAUCAGUGGACGUGUGCUGGAGGCUGGAGGGAAGCACUACCACCCCACUUGUGCUCGCUGUGCCAGGUGUCAGAUGACAUUUAUAGAAGGAGAGGAGAUGUAUCUCACAGGUUCAGAGGUGUGGCAUCCUGUGUGUAAACAAGCAUCUCGAGCAGAGAGGAAACUGAGACUCAGACGCACAUCAGAAACCUCCAUCUCUCCGCCAGGCUCUAACAUUAGUUCACCCAGCAGAGUCAUCUGUGCAAAAAUAGAGAACGAGAUCCUUGAUUACAAAGACUUGGCGGCGCUACCUAAGGUUAAAGCCAUUUAUGAAGUGCAGAGGCCAGACUUCUGGUUCAAUGAGCCCAGUCACAGAUACUGCUCCGAUGACAGGCUAGAGCGUCUCAGCUUUGGGGAGUCUUUGGGCACACUCUCCCCUUAUUCUCAGGACAUGUAUGACAGUAUGGACAUGAGGAUGAGAAGAUCCUCCAGUCCGGGGUACAUAGACUCCCCCACCUACAGCAGACAGGGCAUGUCUCCCAUCAUGCCCCGCUCUCCACAGCACUACUACAGAUACGGCACUGAGAGUGGCAGAAGUUCACCCUAUUACAAUCAGCUAGAUGCCCGGUCCAGCACGCCCACCACAAACCAAGCUCCCAAGCAUUUCCAUGUGCCAGCCACAGGGGAGCCCAACAUCUACAGGAAGCCUCCCAUCUAUAAGAGACAUGCAACCAAGAGCAAGACCAGUGAGGACAUUGUCCAAUCUUCCAAAUUCCCAUCAGCCUACUCGCCUGAUCACUACCAGCACUCAGAGUCUGAUUACUACCAUUACACCAGCUCUCCUAAAUCUUUACGCGCUAUUCGGAGAAGGUACUCAUCAGGUGGAGAAGAAGAUGGCUGGAGUCAUGGCCUUCAAAGAAUUCAGGGUGGUAUCGGUAGGAUGAUCCUGAAGGAGGAGAUGAAAGCCCGCUCCGGUUCCUAUGACAACGACCCCUGGGGCAGCGCACGGAACUCCCGCAGUGGGAGCAGGGAGAUGUUGCACAGCAUGGGCCACAACAACACAGUUAACGGCUCUCCUCGGACAAACUUUGCAGCGGAGAAUGACUACAUAUCCAAGUCAGCCUCUUUGCCCGGAUAUGGCAGGAAUGGAUUGCACAGGCCACAAAGUGCAGACUACUAUCAGUGUGACAGUGGCAGUGAAGUCACCUGGGGAAUCAGAGAGUACAAGAUCUACCCAUAUGAAGCACUUAUUGUGACCACUAGGGGGCGUAAUAGGUUGCCAAAGGAUGUAGACCGGGCCAGAUUGGAGCGGCAUCUUUCCCCUGAGGAGUUCUAUCAGGUGUUUGGGAUGACAAUGGUUGAGUUUGACCGUCUGGCACUGUGGAAGAAGAACGAGAUGAAGAAACAAGCCCGGCUGUUCUAACAUUUCUGUCCCACACACACAGAGAGACCUGAAUACCUGUUCCAGUCUAACUAAACAAACACAUCCUCAGACACAUAGUCAUGCCUGGUCUGUACCUAGAAAUUGUGCAACUGUUCUUUGUGACAGAUGCAUAUAAAUGAUCAGACAGGCUAGAAUAAUUGACAAAGAAAGACAGAAAUAAAUAACAAACAGAAUGGUUGGAACAUUUUAGUUUUACUUGAGUGUAAAGUGGUUCUUGGACACAUUUUAUUUUGUUUCUGAAUGACAAAACGAAGGAAUCAGGAAUUGUAAGGAUUUUGAAUUUUGCCUUAUGUUCUCUAUUAAUUUAUGCACCAGCAAAGUGAGUGAAGAGAAUGUAAAUAUGAUUAAUACAACUAUAAUGAGAGUGGAUGAAUCAUUCGACAUCAUCCAUCAAGUACAUUAUUAAGUAAUAUUUAAUUUUAAAGGUUAUAAAAUGAUAUUUUUCAGUCCUUUUAUUUCACUAUUAUACAAGGACUACAUAAGCUUAGGUGGACUGAAAUAAGUGCUGAUUUGCUUGACAAUGAAUACCAAAGUCUGACUGUUAUUUGUGAAGUUAGCAGAUGAAAUUGAGCACUACGGUGCUGUACUUUGUUCAGGUCAUUUCAAAGGAGUAAUGCAUACUGAAUGUACACUUUUCUCACAAGAAGACUUUAGGAUUAUUAGACUAAUAUUGAUUAAACACACAUUGUAUAUUGUGAUGGUAGAAAUACAUAUGGCUUAUGUCUAAUACAGAUGAUGAAGACAAAACCGAUACUAGGAAAGAAUUAAGGUGCAAUGUUUUUCUUUCUUUCGUUUUCUUUAUUUCUGAGAUGUUAUGCUCUUAAAAAAAGAGAUCUGUUGGUAAGGUUAGACCAGAUUACUUUCAUCACUCCUGUUAGGAUGGAUCAGGAAAUGCUGUAAUACCUUAAAGUGGGUUUAAUAUAUUUUUGGGUCAUGCCAGGGCGAUUACGUCACCUGAUUUGGUAAUGAAAUAAAUGCAGAGGGAGUAAACAUGAAUUGAAUGGCCAAUAAUAGGGAUAACAUGUUCACACUCAUAAUAUAUGAUGAAAAACACAUUAUCACACCAUUGAAACAAGUGACAAAUAACAAGCUGUAACCCUGAUUAGGACCUAACAGUAACUGUGGGGUCUUUCAUGCCAAGGGAUACUGAUACUUAGUUUUUGUACCUCACUGACAAACAGGUGAAACCAUCAUGUUUUCUGCCUUUGUGUGUAGUGUUUACAACCUGUUUGCCCAAUAGAUUGUUAUGAAGUGUUCUAUUAAUUUCCAUAGUGAAGGAAGAGAGCUAGAGUAUAACCAUAUUUUUGAGUCUCUCUUUUUUAAUCACUACUGCUACUUUACUAACUUUAUUUAUCUGUCAGUUUCAACAGACUAUGUACAUCUUCUAUUGCAAUUAAAGAUUGAUUUCUUCUGUAA